AUGGUCCAGCUCUGUAGUAUGAUCCAUGACAUUACAUUCCCGUGGUCGGUUAUUCUAGUCUCUUUCACACUGCUGUCGCCUCAGCAACAUAGUUUCUGUGAUGCACUUUCUUCUGCCAGCAUCGCUGUGACACCAACUGGAACUUCCAGACCAAUCUUGAUGCACUCGGAUGAAGGUUCGAAGGUCCAUUUCGACACGGCAUGUGUGGCCAAUCCUGUGGUUCUUCCUCCCGAUGAAUAUUCAGACGAGUGGCAGUGCUAUUAUUAUGGCAACAAUGGAGGCUGGAACCUUGGCCACAAAUCAUUUUUGCCGACCGGAUCUGCUGGACUGGCCAUUUCUGACGAUGGGAUUACUUGGACCAAGGUGGCCGGUAAUGAGAAGGAUGGCGCUAUCUUGUGCCCUUCCGACAGUGGCUGGGAUUGCGUUCACGUUGGAGUCAAUGAGGUAUUUCGGGUCAGCGAGAAUGAGAUGCACAUGUACUAUUUCGGUGCUGACGACAAAGAGGCAAGCAUCGGUCCCAUGAACAUUGUUGGCUUGUUCAUGCGCAUUGGUCGAGCAAAGUCCACCGACAAUGGGCGCACUUGGAAAAAGGACGAGAAUUUUGUAUUGGACUGUGAUGAGUCGGAAGGAUUUUUCGCGUCUUGGCCUCGGAUAGUACGAUUUGAUGAUGGACGGCCAUGGAAGAUGACUUACCACAGUUUCAAUGGCACCAGAUGGCGAGUUUUUGGUGCCGAAAGUACUGAUCAAGGUGAUACCUGGACUCGAACAGGACUGCUAUUGGAGGGCGGUCAAAAGGAAGAAGAUUUUGAUUUGAAGGGGAUUGGAACAAGAAGUGUCAUCCCUCGUGGCGAUGAUCUGUUGAUGAUAUACGAGGGUGUUUGCGCCAACGACAAACAUCAAUUGGGAGCGGCCAUCAAUAAAGGAUCCAAAUCCAAUGAGUGGACCAAGCUGAACGAUGGUUUGCCCAUUUUGAAGUCUGAAGAGGCGCCUUUCGGGGACUGGUGCUAUGGCACUAUCGGGACUCCUUUUGCGGUAGACAUGCCAGACGGAAGUCUUCGACUGUAUUACUGUGGCAAGAAACCAGGGAUCGAAGAAAAAAUGGCAAUUGGUGUCAUCGAGAGCAAAUCCGGUGACUUCAUGCCGGGCUCUUGGACUGCUUUGCCAUAG